UCGAUUCGAAUCGCGUUCACGUAUCCCACCGGCGCACUUUACGGCGCGUAUAAUUUUCGUCUCUCUCCCGAGGCCCGGAACAUCCGCGCCGUUGCCGUGCGGUACGCCAUCAGUAUCUAGCGUGCACCGGCAGCACAUCCAAACCAUUUCGUCUCCGCUCCCCGAGAAAACAGGAAUAUUCCCCUCCUGACUCCUAUUUUAAACUUAAUCAUUCCCCCAUCUCCUCUCUCUCUCUCUCUCUCUCUCUCUCAGAAGUUCCUCUAAUUCCACCGCUCCAGACUUUCAGGUGCUCGAGUAGAAGAGAAACCUCCACUUACCUCCCUUUCUGGGCUUCUUUUCUAAUCUUAUUACAUGAAUCAAAAUAAGAGAAGAUGAAGCUAUCUUUUGUACCUCUCGUGGUAUCAUCACUGCUACUGCUUGGGCUCCUUCCCUCCUCUGCUGCCCCGCUGGGGAAGACGUGCCUGGUCAAUUGGAACUGCGACGCCGGGCUGCAUUGCGAGACGUGCAUCGCGGAAGGCGAAUUCCGGCCAAGGUGUACCCGGAUCAAGCCCACGGAUCCCAAAUCUAAGGGGGGGAGCGAUCUGCCGUUCAAUCGGUACGCGUGGCUCACGACCCACAACUCGUUUGCGAAGAUCGCCGCCACCCUCGCCCCCACGAACCAGCAAGACUCCGUCACCGACCAGCUCAACAAUGGUGUCAGGGGCUUGAUGCUGGAUAUGUAUGACUUUCUGAACGACAUCUGGCUGUGCCACUCCUUUGGUGGCAAUUGCUACAAUUUCACUGCCUUUAAACCUGCCAUCGAUGUGCUUAAAGAAAUCCAGGCAUUCCUCCAAGCAAACCCUUCAGAGGUCAUCACCAUAUUUAUUGAAGACUAUGUCACUUCCCCUAAUGGUCUCACUAAAGUGUUUACUGCCUCGGGCCUAAAGAAGUAUUGGUUCCCAGUCUCCCGAAUGCCCCAGAAAGGUGGGGACUGGCCAUUGCUCAGUGACAUGAUCAACAAGAAUCAACGUUUGGUGGUUUUCACAUCGAAAUCUUCGAAAGAAGCCGCCGAGGGCAUCGCAUAUCAGUGGAGAUACGUAGUAGAAAACCAAUAUGGAGAUGGGGGGAUGAAAGAUGGUUCGUGCCCAAAUCGUGCCGAGUCGUCCCCCAUGAAUACCAUGUCAAGGUCACUUGUUUUGAUGAACUAUUUUCCAGACGCACCAAAUUACCCAGCAGCUUGCAAGGAAAAUUCAGCUCCACUUGAGAGCAUGCUGAACACCUGUCGCAAUGCAUCAGCUAGCCGAUGGCCUAACUUUAUAGCAGUAGAUUUUUACAAGAGAAGUGAUAGAGGUGGAGCCCCAGAAGCUACAGAUAUAGCAAAUGGACAACUAAUCUGCGGAUGCGGUAGUAUUGCAGAUUGCAAGGUUAAUGGCUCCCGGGGCACUUGUGGGGAUUCACCCAAGGCUUCACGCACUUGGCAUCGACAGCACAAAACGUUGAGUACUUCAGCUGCGGGAAGGCCACUUCAAAGGUGGUGGUGGAUAAUUGUGGUGUGCGUGGUCAUAGCCCUGUUACUUUUGUAGAUUGUAGUCUGUGUGUUGAUGAUGUAUCGAUUCUUGUGAUUGAGAGCCAGCCGUGUUAGCUGAGCAAAUUAAUAGAAUGAAGUAGUUUUGAGACUUCUUAAGCCCAAUAUUCUCUUUGUUAUGGGAAAAGCAAACCUGUUCCUGUAA